CCCCCCCCCCCCCCCCAAAAAAAAAAAAAAAAAAAAAAAAUGGAGGACAAGGGCAAAGGAACUGAGAGAUGGAACGGAGCCAUAGCCAAUUUGACAGACAUGGCUUCCAAUCUCGACUCUCUCCAAAAAUUUCUCCUCAAGAAAGCUGUUUUCGUCGACGAAGAGACCUUUGCCAAAGCCUCCCUCACCUCCGAACAAGCCCGAACCAUCAAGGUUCUUGAACAAAGGAUAGAGUCUUUGGAAAGAGAACUUGAUGCUGCAAUCACUGCUGCUGCUCGUGCUCGUACAGAAAAACGACAGGCUGAGGCAGCCCAAAAAGCUGCUGAAUUGCAUGCACAAGAGGUGACAAAAGAGCUUGAGAACACUACAAAGGUAUUUGAACUACACAUGGAGGAGUUGCGCACAAAGCAAGAAGAAAUCGCCAAACGUGAUAAGGAAAUUAAAGUCUUGGAAGCGAUAAUACAUACGCUUGGAGGAACAGAGUCACAAUCGAGAAAUGUGUAAAACUCUUUCUUGACUAUAGCUUGUAUGACACUGUAUUUUGUUUUUUUCUUUUUUUCUUUUUUUUUUCCCUGUAAAUUUAUGAUGUAGGAACAAUUGAAUGUAUCCCCUAUAUCGUAAUAAAUAGCUUAAAUUUGAGGAUAUCCUAUGUUAGAGAAUUCUAAUGGGGUUGAAAUUUAUGGUAUGCAACAAAAAGAUAGACGAAUGGCUCGAACAUAAAUGUUUUACUAGUUCAUUUCCAGUUUUAGCAAUUUGUUUACUCAACCUAUAUUAUUUCCA